UGAUUUUAGUGAAUGUCACUUUUUGUCAUUUUUGAAUUUCCUGCCGUUCCGUCCCCCGUACGUCCCGACGCUCACAGGGGACGGAACCCAGAUGACAGAUGCCGGCAUCCGCGGAUUUACAUUGUUGGGGACACUGCAGGAGGGACAUCGCGGGAGCGCAGGACAAGGUAAGUGAUACAGGGAUCGUGGAGCAGCGUCGCAUGGUAUUCCCCGAGUGUAGCUCGGGGUUACCGCUUGUGGUACUGAAACCUUACCCCGAGCUACACUCGGGAAUACCGCCAGGGAGGUAAAGCUUAACAUAAUAGGGGGUCAUUUACUAAAACUGGAGAGUGCAGAAUCUAGUGCAGCUCUGCAUAGAAACCAAUCAGCUUCCAGGUUUUAUUGUCAAAGCUUAACUAAACAAGCUGAAGUUGAAAGCUGAUUGGCUACAAU